UUCGGCAGCAGCGACAGGAAGAGGAGGGACUAGCCGUGCUGCAGCGCCCAGGCUCUGGCACGGGGGGCGUCGGAAUAGCGGUUUCAUAGCUGCUCGGACCGUCUCUCCUUCCCUGCCUCCACCCGCGCUGCCUCCCCCCCCCCUUCGUCUCUUCCUUCUGCACUGGAAUUACUGCGGUGUCCCGUAAACACGCUACGGAGGGGGAAAGCGCGACUCGAAGCAAAAGCGCCUCCUCAGCUGUCAUGUCGCAGCCAACGAAAGGCAAGAAGCAGCAACCCGCCAAGGCGGGCAAAGCGCAUGGUGAUAAAAAUGCAAGUGGAGCAGCAGGAGAUAAAAAAGGAGGAGAAGCGGCAGAGAAGAAACCUGCAAAUACCGGUAUUGCCGAUUCUUCUAAAACAAAGACAAGUGGAGUAUCUUCUAUCAGUAAGACUCAGUCUUCUUCCACGGUUGCCGCAAAGACCCCUAGUAUGAAGCCAUCAGAAACAAAGGCUUCUUCAAGCCAGCAACAGACCACUGGAUUGCAAUCUCACAAAAGGAAAAAGAACAAGAAGCAGGCAGCACAAAAAUCAAAGACAGAGAGCGAAAAAGUGGUACAGUUAACCAAGCCAGAUGAUUCUCAGACAAAACAUCCAUCAGAAGAGAAGCAAAAAGACUCUGGAGGGGCAAAAGGGCCAAGCAAACCUAUGGAAACAGAACCUAAACAACCAAGUACUGGAAAAGGCGUCUCUGGUCAAAUUGACAAGUCAACAACACAGCUGACAUCACUAGAUGAAGGAAAGGCAAAAACUGACAAGAAACCAUCGGCUGCCAAGGCAGCAGUUGCAGCUGCUGGCGCAGCUGGAGCAGUUGCAGCUGCUGGCUUGACUGCUCCAUCUGCAGAGAUUAAAGAAAAUAAAUCUGCAACCACAACUCCUGCUGCAGAUACUCAACCAGCUCAAAAAUCUGACAUGGAUGCUGCCUUAGAUGAUUUAAUAGACACACUUGGAAGUGCUGAAGAACAACCAACUGCUCCUGCAUAUACUGGACCAGAAGUUUUGGACCCAAUGUCUUCCUUAUAUAUAGAAGAGCUGGGAAAAAGAGAGAGCACAAUUCCCCCAGAGUACAGAAAACUAUUGGAGAGUAAAGGAGAUGGCAAAGUUGUUCCCCCACCAGUGCCAGUGGGAGAAUUUCAGCCAACAAUGACAGAUGAUGACCUUGCAGAUGCUCUGUCAUCUGGUUUUACUUGCAGUGUUGUAUCAUCUGCUGGAGAGAAGAACAUCAUGUCAAAAGAGAAAUCUGCAAAAGAAGGUGAACUUCUGCAAGCUGAAUCUACAACUUUGGUCAGAGGCUCAGCUCCUCCGAAGGAGAAAAAACCCAAACUGGAAGAGGCAGCAAUUAGUGACAGUGCCCUUGAGGCCCUCGUGGAUACCCUUGGCAUGCCAGAACCAGAACCUGAAGUAGAUCUAAGCUCCAUUGUAGAAGUUGAAGAGCCAAAGGCCAAAGAAAGAAAGGAGAAGAAAGCGGGUGAACGUGAUGAUACAAUUCCUCCAGAGUACAGAUUAAAACCAGUCUUGGAUAAAGAUGGGAAGCCUUUGUUGCCGAAACCUGAAGAAAAACCUAAGCCCCUUAGUGAGUCUGAGCUAGUUGAUGAAUUUUCAAAAGACUUUGUCUGUCCUACUCCUCCCACAGAAAUCUCCAAACCAUCUAAAUCUGCUGAUGAGCCUAAGAAGCCCGCAGCUGCUGAGUCCAAGACUCCCAAAGAAACAGUGUCUUCCCCUCCCACAGUUCCCUCAUUGCCGGCAUUACAGCCAUCAGAAGUGCCUACAAAGCCUUCAGCAGUUGAGCCCAAAAAAAUCUCAACAGAAGAAGUGGUCUCUGCUGCUGCUGUUCAUUCUGUGAAAUCUUCCGCUCCCUCAAUGACUCCUUCAAGUACAGAAGUACCUGAUGAAGCACUGGAAGCUUUAGCCGGAAGCCUAGGAAAAAAAGAUCGUGCUCCAGAAGAGAAAAAACCUGCUGUGGAUAAAGUGAAGGAAAAAGCAAAACAGGAGGAACGAGAGAAGUUGGGUGAAGAUGAAGAAACCAUUCCUCCCGAUUACAGAUUGACUGAAGCAAAGGAUAAAGAUGGGAAGCCACUUUUACCAAAACCUCAAGAAAAACCUCAGCCCCUAAGUGAAAGUGAACUUCUUGAUGCUUUGUCAGAAGGCUUUUCUUGUUCUUCUGCACCAGCAUCAAAGGCUUCCCCAGCAGCUGCACCUCAAAAAUCUACAGGUGCAAGCAAGCCUGAUGCUGCUUCUGCUGAGGAAGUUAUAUCUUCUGCCUCAGUUUCUGCAGUACACACAGCUGCUCUGCCACCACCAACAGGCACCCCAGUAAGCCAAGCUGAAAAAGAACUUGAGUCUGCUGCAGAUCUUCUUGCUGAUUCACUGGGACAAAGAGAACCUGAUCCAGAUGAAAACAAACCAAUUGUAGAUAAAGUAAAGGAAAAGGCCAAAUCUGAGCAUAAAGACAAACUUGGAGAGAGAGAUGAUACAAUUCCUCCUGAGUAUAGGCAUAUUCUGGACUCUGAUGAAAAGGGUAAACCAAUAAAGCCAACAGACAAGGAUGGUGAGAAACCCAAAGAACAAAAGAAGCCAGCAGAUGAUUCAGCAGCUAUUGAUGCCCUUUCAGGGGACUUUGAUAACUGUGGGAAACCUCCUGUUUCACAAAAAACUUCAGCAAAGGAUGAAAAAACAAAAGACGCUGCUGUAUCUAAACCAGUUAGAAAGGAAGAAAAGAAAUCCAAAUCCCCAAAAAAAGGGAAAAGAACAGUCUUCAAGUGGAAAAUCUGAGAAACAGAAAAAAAGUUAAAUCUUUCCAGACUUUUCGUCACUAGUGCAAAGAUUCUUCAUUUUGCUGGUGGAUAGCUGCACUUGAACAAAAGCUAUUUUGCAGAAGCAAGAUAGUUACCUGGGUGGUUGUUUGUAUUGUGGUAUUUGGAUAUUUUGGCAUGUUAUGCGUAUCUUUUGCUAUUUUCCAAGGAUGAACUAACUUUUUCUAGCCAUUUAUUUCACUGUUGUUUAUUUUGUAAUUUUCUUGAGUUCUGAAAGAAAAGGAAUGCUUUAUAUUUGUAAGAAACAGAUUUCCUAUUAAUUCAAUAGUAAUGAAAAAGACUGCAAAGUUUUGCACAUAAUCUACACAUAGUGCCUGUAAAUCUCAGCAGAGUUCACUACAUCUGUACAAUAUAUUUUUAGGAUACCAAAUGCUUUCAACUUUCUGGAAUGAAAUGAGUUUUGGAUAUCAUCUGCCUCUUUAGGCUAGUUGCCUGUGGUUAUUCUUUUUGGGAAAAUACUUGGUGAAAAGGGAGGGAGUAUCAGUUGCUAUGAUUUAAGAGUGGGAGUGGAAUAAAAACUAUUGUUGCUCAUCUUUGGCUUCCAACAAUAUAGUAUUGAAUAUGAACAGUGCCUUUAGUAUUGUGUAUUUUAAACCUUGAGUUCUUGCUAUCACCAUCUUUUGCAUACUAUGCAGCCCUGUCAGCACCUUCCAGGAAGGACAUAAUAUUGAAUCAGAACACCGGAGAUGGAUUGCAGUACUUCAGAAGUACUACAAGUAGUUUUGCAAUAUUUGCUUCACUCUUCUUGACUUGCAUAAAUUCACAAACAACUUUGACAACUCUAUAUAGAGAGAGUCCCAACAUUUACACUGGGUAUGAUCCUCACCUGAAGUUUAGAUUACACGGGGCAGCUUAAUCCAGAUGUAUAUACAUAGCACAGUGAAUAUGAAGGUGCUUUGCAAGGUAAUCUGGAUGCAAUGCAUGCUCAAAUUUUCAUGUUUUCUUUUGCGGUAUUCCUUGCACCAAGAGAGAAGCUAUGACUCCAUUACCAGAUUCUGAUGAAUUGCAAUCAGAGUGACAAAUCUUCCUAUUGGUGUGUGGAGUAAGCUACUACUAAUUUGGCAAAAUGGUCAAGUCUGCUUCUAGGUAGCAAGUCAUCUACCACUUUCAUUAUCAGAUAUAUAGGCAGCAGUCCACCAGGAAUAAAACCUCCGCUAGACCUUUUGAAUUGCAUGAGGGUUUUGCAAGAAGCAGGUCAUUGUCUUCCAUAGCUCUUACUGAUUUCAGAAGGAGUAAGUGCAGGUGAUGUUCCUGCAUGUCUUUCAGGAUGAGGAAAAUCAGAAUUCUGAUUGUCCUUUACAAUCUGUAAUGGUAAUACUGUACGGUAUUGGACAGGUUGUAUUGAGAUUCUGUGUACACUAAUAAAGUUUUUAGAUUGUAA